AGCUUCAGUUGCUUUGAUGUUGUCAAAACGUAAGGACAAUUCGUGAAGUGAUAGAACGGGUGUAUACGAAUGCUUUACGCUGAUUUUGUGUCGAUACUAGUGUGCCAAUUGCUGAUAAUGAUGACGCAGUGGCGUUCGAGUUGAGAUUUUCGUUCGGUAAAUAAGUAUAAAUCUUGAAAUAAGACGCAGUUUUUUAUUAAUAAAAUAAGUGAUUACAUGUGUCAUAAAAAGCUAAUAACGUUUAACUAAAUCAAACACUGUAUGAGCUAAUCAGCAACAUUCGUAAAAGUCAUGCAUGAGUAAGUGUAUUCAUGUUUGUGCACGUUUUGUUAUGCAAAUUAAACCAGUCAAAGUUCAACAAAAAAGUCUUUUAAUAAAAUAAAAGUACUAAAUUAAAGUUCGUUCAUUCGAGUAAAAACAGUCAGCAAAAGUUCAGUAAAUAUUUCGUAAAUGUCGGACAUAAAUCAAGCAAAUCCAAAACCAGCACGAGCGCAAUUUGCGAACUUCAAAUGUUUGUUUCAUUGUUGAGGGUGUUUACCAAAAACACAAAAACAGUGACCUGAAGCGUUUGCCGUGAUUUCGACAGCAUUUCAACAGAAUUUUCGUGUUGCUGUAGUUUCGGGUGUUCAAAUGCUAACAUUUCUAACUUAUUAUUUUGCUUUGUGUUUAUGCAGCAGCGCAGCACUUCGUGUAUGUGUGAAAUUGCAAUAAUUCAUAAAUGCAACUGGGAAUUGCGUUCGGCAAAUUUUCAACUCAACGCAAGCUGGACUGAACUGAAAUGAACUAUACGAACUGCAGCGUUUUCCUCCUGAUACACUGUGGCUGGCAGCCUCAGUGCCCUGGUACCGUUGUCGGCAAAUCGAAUUAAACGCAAAAAAAUCAAAAGCAACAAACUUACCCGUUAGCCGUAGUAGUUACAUUACGAAUCGUAAAUUGUACGAGUGUAUUCAGGAUUGCAAGUUUGAAAUUUUAUUACGAAUGCUGCACCAUUGAGCCCGCUGCUACGUAGUGCAUGGGCAUGGUGUUGCAACUGCAAACAAUUUCAAAUUAUACAUAUGUGCUAGUGUGCAAUGUAAAGUCAAAUCCAAAACAUAAAUUAAGAAACAAGUGAGAAUAUUGUGCGCAGUGAAAAUUCUAAAAUAUAAAACAAUUCUUAUUGCGCAAACAUACAAACAAAAAUUACAUUUCCUGUCACAGUUGCAACAACUUCAAAACCGCAGUCGAGCAGCGCAAAACAAACACAACAGGCAUUGCUGCCAAACAUAAAAAUGCAUGAUUUGUUAUCCCGAAGAGCACUCAUGUAACAUGUGCAGAAUUUAGACAGUAAAACCGCAAGUGAAGAAUCAAAUCAAAUAACUCCGCCCAUUUUCAACAGCUGUUAGCAUCGAUAAUGCCGAAGGCCGCCAAUUGAGCAAAUAUGUGUGAAUAAUGCUUGCCAACAAAUUGUCUAUAAAAUCCUAUAUAUAAACGAGCAGAACACAUAAGUAUAGGUACGAGCACAUUCUAGGCCACUGAAGGGUAGUUAAAAUAUCAAAAUGCCAGCGAGGCUACUAACGACAGAAGCUCAUAAAGCACAGCACCGCUUUGCAACGCACAAACCUCUAAAUUGGCAUAAGGACAGAGCAAGUGGCAUGCUGACAUAUUGUGUGAGCAAAGCAUCUGCUAUUUAUGCGGGUGAAACAUGGCUGAGAUGGUGUUUGGUACUCACCUGUCUACUGAUAGUCCCAGAUUUCAUUGCUGGACUCAAGGAUGUUUCGGUUACAAUACCACAAGCGGUGAAACGUGGCAGCAAUGCACUGCUCAUAUGCAAUUACGAUAUGGAAAAUGAUACUUUAUACUCCAUAAAAUGGUAUAAGGGACGGCGAGAGUUUUAUCGCUAUACACCAAAGGAAAAUCCGGCAAUGAAAGUUUUCCCCAUGGCCGCCGGACUAAAUGUUGAGCGUAAUCUCUCCAAUCAAAGUCAUGUCGUGCUGCUGGCGGUGCCGCUCAACAUAUCCGGCAAGUUUACAUGCGAGAUUUCCGUGGAGGCGCCAACCUUUCAGACCGCCAUGGUCUCUUCUGAACUGGAAGUUGUGGAAUUACCGGAGGAGCAGGCUAUUGUUACGGGCAUCCAGCCACGUUAUCGUAUCGGCGAUUUGGUUGAUGGCAAUUGCUCAAUUAAGUACUCGAAGCCGGCUGCUAAUUUGACAUGGACUAUUAAUGGUGGUGCGGUGCCGCUGCAUUCUAUAAAAAGUUAUCAAAUUGAACGCUUUGAAGAGAGCAAUUUGGAGUCGGUGGUGUGCGCGCUGAAUUUCAUGGUGACCACAAGUCAUUUCGUUAAAGGACAAAUGAGGCUCAAGUGUACGGCCAGCAUAUUUGAUAUAUUCAAAGAGGAAAUCGAAAGUGUCAUCGAAGAGGAUCGACCGCGCAUUAUGGCCUCCGGCCGUUCAUACGACAUGCAUAAUAAUUAUCCAUACGAACAGCAUGGCAGCGGUGAUGGCUUCGAGGAUCAUAACGAAUCAUUUUUAACAUAUUCAGCCGCCGACGUCACGUCUUCUGCAACAACCGUACACGGCACGGCAGCGAGCAUCUACGCGAAAGCACUAAAAAUGCAUUGGAAGCGCCUUUGGACCGGUCUGAUGGCGGCAGCGGCAGCAAUUCGGGCAACCAGCAGCCUGCGAAGCGUACCGACAGUGGAGCUGGAGCUGGCGCACCGAUAUGUCAAAAGGAUAAGUGAAGCAAGCGAUGAUGAUGAGAAAGAAAGUGCACCCGCGGCGGCAGUGAAGAACUUCGCGCGAUUUUCAGCUACCACCACCGACACCGAGUGUGUUGCUUAUAUUUUUAUUGCCAUUUGCACGAGCGUCUUUCUAUGCGCACUGACACGCCAUUUUAUAAGCUGUCAAAGGAACCAAAGGAAAUCCAGCCAAGUGAGUGGCGCAGUGACGACACCACGAACUACCGCCUCGACGGUAACGGCACCAAUGGCAGAUUUCACUGCCACGGUGUUGCCAUCAAAGGUAAUAAUAACGGCAACGGCAACAACAACAGUAACAGCAACAGCAAGGCGCGUUGUAAAUGAUGGGGCAGGUUCAGUCUUGGCAGUCAAACGGACAUUGAAAGGACGAAAAUCCUUUCAUAAUUGCGUUGGAAAAAAUUUGAAAUCAUUGAGUGUACGAUUGGCAGGAUUGCCGCGAGCGCUGUGCCCGAUGUUUCUGCAGUGGGCGAAAGUAGCGGCGAAUCCAUUACGAAAAUUGGCAAAUCAACAACAGCUUCAGCAGCAGCAGAAAAGCACGUCAAUAUUGCGCAACCAAGCGCGCACACAGCACCACGCAACUCAACAGCUGUCGGUGACAGUUGCCGGUAGGAGCCCAUCAACUCCAUUACCAGCAACUGUGGCUGCAUUGACAUUUGACACGCCGGGUGUUAGCGCAGCCAUGCACGCUGCAAUUGCCGGCUGCAACAACACCAGGCGCUGCAGCGGGGGCGACGGCCACGGCGACGGCAACGGCGGCAGCAAUCAAGCAAUUGGCAAUUUCACUAAGGACACGUCAAAGGAUCAAACAUUAUUGAUGAUGAUUGCACAACGUUUCGAUUGUCAACAUGUUGACGAUUUGGUUGCAUCCUCUCCCUCGCCCAGCGCGCUCAGUAAGAGGCAGGAGCAGCAGCAACAGCCACUGCUAUUGGGUGCCAUAAAAGGCGGCAAGGUGCUGUCGAAAGCCAAGUCGUUGCGGGCUAAUUGGCAAGAAAGCGGCGUGACACCUCCACCUUGCUGGGGCCACUGCUGAUGUCCGCCGGCCCAAGGCAAUCGAGUGCACCGCAUAGCUUAAACAGAAAUUAUAAUUACAUACCAUAAAUAGCUUAAUACCAAUAAAUAUACCAAAUAUGAAUUAAUAAUACUCCCGGAAGCGCCGUCUUAUCUCAAAAGCAAAGGCGACAAUGCCAAAACAACAACAACAUUGAAAAUAUGUUAAAUUAGUUUAGAGCUGUCUAGCGUUAAGGAAAUGUUGAUGUUGCUUUUUAAUUGCCAGAAGUAGUAGAAGAAAGAGUAAAAGUAAAUAUGUGUAAAUAAGGGAGCUAGUUGAGCCAGAGUAAUGAGAAAUUUGAAACAAGUUGUGAAAAUGUGAACAUAUUGUAAUGACUUAGAGUAAUGCCAGAACACUUCAUUUAGUAAAAAGUAAUAAGUUUAGAAAGCGUAUGAAAUGUAUACCAAAAAAGUUACGAAUUAUCAGCAGAAGCAUAAAAUUUUGUUGAGCAUAAAAAUAAGCGUGUGAAGCAGCCAGCCAUUGCAAUAGCACAGUUUACUUUUUAAAAUCACGUCAUCUAACUCUAAGCUUACCAACCAUUUGCUAAGUGAAGUGUCUUCAAAACAAAAUAAUGCUGCUGUUUGCCAAACAGUCAAACAUUACUGACUUUAAAAUCGAUAAAAAAAAAAGUAAGCAUCUGUGCUAUUGCCUUGCUGGCGCUUAGAAAAAUAGUAAAUACCGUUGUAAAUGUUGUAUUCAAUACAUAAUAUAUUAGCUGCUAAGUAUGUUAAAACAGAAAAAAUGCGACAAAAAAAACGGCUAAACGGUCUUAAAACAAACAAAUUACUUAAUUUGCGUUACUUUGUAUUUAAGUUAUUUAAGUUGAAUGUGUUUUCGUUAAACGAAAUAUUAUUUCAAAAAUAUCUUCUGUACAUUUACAUUAUUACUAUAUUUAUGUAUAUUUUCAAUUAUUGUACAGUUUUUCACUUGCUUGUAAUUUGUAAGAAUUUUUAUUGCUAAUUCACUUUUAAUAUAUGAAAAUUUCAAAUAAAUUCGGCAAAUGCGUGUUCUUAUCUAUUAUUUCAAUUAUUUUUACCAUAAACCUAUUUUUGACAUAAAAACUCCAUUUAAUGUUAAACAACAUGCGAAAUGGCUGCAAAUGUGCCGCAACAUUUUCUGUAAACAUUUUAUCAGCCACACGCUGUUUAUCAUACCUGCCUGUUAAUGAAACCAAAUACCGAGAAAUGAAUUCGGUGCGCCGCAUAUGCGUGCAGCAAAUAGGUAAAAUUUGGCUAAUGCACCAGGCGACCAUAAACGGCAACAAGCAGCCGCCCAACUGCAGGCGGAAGUGCAUCUUUGUCUUCCGACACCUAAAAGUAUGCUGUAAAAUUUGACUUCCGACACAGAGUAAUGCGGCGGCAGAAAAAAUCUACUACUGCAGUCAAGGCACAACCCGUUUAGCGAAGUUUCAUACUUACAGGUUGUCGACUGUGCUAGGAGAAAGAGCACAGGGUGCAUCAAAGCAAAUAAAAUGAACACAAGAUACAUGAUGAACUUUUUUUUUAUUUUUAUUGCAACAGAUAAUUAUUUUUUAUAGUAUUUUUAUUACAAUAUUAUUAUUUUUUAUUUUUUUGUUAUUGUUAUUUUAUCGCAAUUUUUUGAAUAUUUUUUAAAUUUGUGGUACAUAGUGAAAAUAAUCAAAAAUAAAUUAAACAAAUGCGCAUUAUUUAAGGUUUAUUUAAAAAACCUAUUUACUUCGUAUGUAAGGAAAAUAUGCAAAUGUGCAAAUGUGCAUAAGCAAGCUUCGCCUUGUUUGCAUUUCGCUUUUAGAAAUAGAAGUAAGCAAUUGUAUAUAAAAAAGUUAUUACGUAAAUUUACAGCAUAUUCGAUGAUAAUAUAACGGGCAAGAGGCUGAAAUUGUAAAUAUGCAAAGUGAAAUCACUGAAGUUGUGAAAAUUAUUAUCUAAACCAAAAUACUCAAAGAGUUGUAGGUGCCACUGUUACAUUGCGAUGCUAAUCAGAAAAUGGUGGUUGUCGUUAGAUGGAUAAAUUAGAAAAUAAAUUUUAGUUUAUUGUAGCUUAGGUAUAAAAAGCGCUCAUUUGUAAAUGUAUGCGUAACUAAGUAACAGUAAGCAGCGACAAAACUUAAUUCAAGGAACUUCACGCCUCAGUCACAGAACGAAAUUGACAGUGUUGUUGUUUUUGUAGUGUUUUUCGUUGGUUGUUGCUUUUCAUUUGUACCCACUUUUGGCCUGGAUUAAAAAUUAAUAGUAAUUGACGACACUUCUUUUGAAAUUACAAGAUCCAACGGUAGAUAGUUCCUUCAAUUGGAGUACAUAAAUUAAUACUUACAUACACACACAUAAGCAUAUGUAUAUGUAAAUUUUAAUAUGGUAAAUAUAGAAAUAUUAAAAAAAAAUUAAUAUGGUAAAUAUAAAGGAAUACAAAAUAUUAUUAAAAAAAACUAAAUAAAAAAUAAAGAAAAAAAAAUAAAAUUAAAAAAAAAAUAAUAAAAAUAAAAAUAUGAAAAAAUAUUAAAAGCAAAAAUAUGAAAAAAUAUAUAAAUACUUAGAUAUAAAAACUAUAAAUAAUGCAAAAAAUUGCUACAUAAAUAAACAUAAAUACUUAAAGCCAGUAAAUUAAUCAAAAUUUUAAUAUUAAGCGCAACCAAACUUCUCGAUGAAAACCACAAAGGAGUUUCAUGUUGUGAAAAGAGCAUAGUUUGCUGAAGAUGGCUCAUACUUGCCGGCAAUUUAUAUAUUAUUUUUGAUGGUAGGCCUCGUGCUUUACAAAUGAAAUAUCUAAUUUUUUUAUGUAAACUUUUUUCUUUUGAAAGGUAAUUAAUUACUGUAGAAAUUAUUAUUUCACUUUUUUUGAAAAGGCUUUUUCGAGAGACGAGCUUGCGGUCAGCUGUUUGAAGUGUCUUACCUCUUAAAAUGAUAAGUAGAUGAUAAAAAUCAUCUUUUUCUAAAUUUUCAUUUUUUAAUUGCGAUGUUUAAAAAAAUUUAAUUUUUAAGCAAUUUAUUUUUAACAAACAAUUUAUUUUUAAAAAUUAAAUUUUCAAAAUAUUAAAAUUGAGGUAUUUUUUUAAUCUGAUUUUGGGAAAAAAAUUCAAUUUUUAAAUAAUUAAAUUUUUGUUAUUUAAUUUUCAAUCCAGUAUUUUGGAUUAAAAUUUUAUUCUUAUUUUUUAAUUUGUUUUUAAUUUUAUUCAAAUAUUAAUUCUAUUAUUUUUGUUAAUGCAUUAUUUGCAACCCUGCCAGCAAGUCAGAAGAAACGUGAUUUUUCUUUUGCAAUUUUUUUGAAAAAAAUAAAAUAUGAAUUUUCAGAAUUUAUUGAACUUUACUGGUCGGCAAUUCAUUUAAAAAUUUCUGACACCCUAAAUCGCCAGGAGGAAAAAACACGAGAUAGAUUUUUAAAACCAUCUAAAAUCUGAAAACAAAAAUUGUUAUUACUAUACAUUCUGCUUUAAUGGCGUAGACAACGCUUACGCGGUUGUAGCUGAGUUAACAACAAUGCGCCAGUCGUUUCUUCUUUUCACAAGGUGGCGCCAAUUGGAGAUUCCAAGUGCAGCCAGGUUUUUCUCCACCUGAUCUCUGCAACGGAGUGGAGGUCGUCCACUUCCUUUUGCUUCCCCCCGCGCCUACUGGAGAGUUUUCAUCCAUACGGUCGACAUAACCUAUCCGGUGUAGCAGUUGUCUCUUAAUUCGCUGAAAUAUGUGAAUGUCGUCGUCUAAUUCGUAGAUUGAAGAAGUAGCAAGAUAGGAAGUCGAUAGGGAGGUCCUUCCCGCUCCUGGCGGAGCUUUUGGUAUUGCUCAACGUCAGUUUACUUUUGCGGGGAUACCAAAUUCAGACAGCAAAGGCACAAAGGCAGCUUCUUUAAAAUCAACGAAGAGGUGGUGUGUAUCGAUUCUCCUUUGUGGGAUUUCCCUUUUGUGGAUUGGGCGUCCGACCAUAUUCUGUGGGUGUGGGUCCCGCCGUGUUUGAAUAGCUCGGCCGGCAAUCCAUCGGCCCCAUUCGCUUUGGUGUUACGCUUUCACUGCCAUUCAGCAGGCUGGAGAAGUGUUCCCUCCAUAAUUUUCGUAUGCACUGGGCAUCAAUCACUAACCAUAUAUUAAUAUGUACACAUAAUGAUCAAAACUACUAGUUAAAAUUGUUAUUUUCGACCAAGUAGUGGCUUUCCAAUAAAAAAAAUAUUUUUUUUGAAAAAAUAAAUCUUUCAGAGUGUUCAUUUCGUUUCUUCGAACAUUACCUGACAAAUGUACUUAUCUUAAAAGUCGAUCGGUUCAGCCGUUUUGGAAACAUAUACUUCACCGACCCUAGCAGCGUUUCUAGAAAAACCGGAGUUGAAACAAUUUCGAAAAUUUUCGGAUUCUCUUGAAACCGUAGCCGAUUUCCAUUUUUUAUCUUCUUUAUUGGCGAAAACACCGCUUACGUGGUUCUAGCCGAAAAUAAACAACGAUUUCCAUUAGAACCUCCGUAACAUAGUGUCUCUCGUGGAGGCAGAUUUUUCUGCUCAAAAAAAUGUGUUUAGUAUAAAUGAAUACAGGCACUGAUCGAAGAAAAAGUCGGAAAAAGUUUAUUGAAGCUUUACAAGCUUUCUUUGGUGAUCCAAACAGGAGGAGGGGAGGGAGCUACGGAAUAAUGACGGCAGAUCGCAUUUGAACAAAAAAAUAUAGAGUUUUGGCUCUUUUUUGUUACUAAAUAUUUUUUCAAUUAAAACAAUUUUUGGCAAAUUCUAGUCACACGGCACAUCAACCAAAAGUCCAGAUGAAUUUUUGCGCCCUGUAGGACUUCCACCAACUCUAACUCCAUAAUUUUACAGAAUUUGUUAAUUUAUAAUUGUAUUAAAUUAUAUUGCAAUUAUAUUAAGUUCUAGAAAUAUAUCACCUGUCAAUAUGAAGACUAAGCAAACUCUCAUGAACGCCGCGGUGUGUGUUACCAUUAAAAAUAAAUGCAACAAAAAAAACAAAAAAAAAAAUGUAUAAAAUUAUUGUUACAUAGAAUAAUAGAAGUAAAUGAACAAUAACGAAAUGAAAAUUGUGCAACACAAAAGAAAUAUUAGUGAGUGAUGUCAAAACUAAAAUAAACUAUAAAUACAUUAUUUGAAAAACCAUAGCAUGAUCUAUAAAUAAACAUAAGUGCAUAAGUUAAUCAUAUCUUAUAAAAAAAGUACGUGGAUGAUGAUCAUGUGUCCCCAAAGGAGAUUCAUAGGUUCGCACGUAUGCAUUUACAUACAUACAUAUGUAUAUAUGUAUAUGUGCGAUGAAGGCUAUGUAAAAUGUAAUGUAUUGGCUAAUUUAUACCGUAGUUAUUAUAAAUGUAUGUAGCACAUAUGCAUAAACCCAUUACUACAUUGUAAGUCAUAAAAUAAAUUCAUAAGUUUAUUACAAUAAUAGCAAAAACAUUAUAAUAAAUGUAAACGGACAGUCUUAUGUUUAUUUAGAAUAAAAUUAAAUACAAAUUAAGUAACAAAAUAAAUAUGUGAAUAAAGAAUUAAACAUUU